UUAUCAUGAACAAGAUCACAAUGCAAUAUUACCGGGACACAACUCCACGCGUUUCUGCAUUCGUAGUUACACAGCGACUUGAGAUAGAAACCUACAAGCAAUACUCGACACCCUGAACACGUGACUUCACAAAGCAUAUUUUGACAUUAUGGAGUUCCCUGCUGUCAUCGACUUAAAUGUGGGUGGUCGACAUCUGACAACCUGCCUAUCCACCCUCACCAAGUACCCGGACUCCAUGUUGGCCGGCAUGUUUAGUGGAAGGCACCCGGUAGCCAAGGACAAAGAUGGCCGCUACUUCAUCGAUGUGGAUGGAGAUGUGUUUGUUCACGUCCUCAACUUUCUGAGAUUCGAGACAGUGCCUCCUGUUAAAAGAGCUAAAGAAGUUCGGAAAUAUGCAGAAUACUUUGGAUUACGCUACCUGCCGAAAGCCAUUAGCGAAUCCUAUGGAUAUAUUAAAUGA